ACUGUAAAAACAAUAAACUAACACUCAUCCGACAGUCUGAGUCACCUUCGUUUCUCUCUCACACUCACACACAUGCAAGCCACCAACGCUCACUCCGUCGCCGGCCAGACUCCGGGGAAGCCCGAGAGGCCACCCCUGAACAAGAAGUCCAGGACGACCGACUCCGGCGGUGAUGACGCCCAACCCCCUCCCCCCCCCGCCGCCCGCCGCCUCUCCCCUUCCGCUUCUUUCAAUUCCACUUCCUCCACUACCUCCACCACCACGAAUGCAUCUUCCUCUGCCCCUACUACCACCGGUGGUGGGCUCAGCAGCAGCAGCAGCGAUGCUUUCAGCUUUAAUUUCUCGGAUCGGGACUACGUCUUCCCUUCCAAUCUCGGUCCAUACUCCACUCGCCGAAGCGUCACUGUCAAAUCUUCUUCUUCUUUCUCCAAAUCUCAGCAGCAGAAGCAGAAACCGCAGUCUCAAUUGCCUGUUCGUAGCACCUCCAUGCCGCCUAGUUUGAGUAGUGCUGGAGGGGGAGGGGGUUCCACAGCUGACUCGGCUCGGGGGAUUGGUUCCCCAGUCAGUAAACCCAAAUUAAGAGCAGAAAAGGAUUUGAAAGCGUUGUCGCUUCAAGCAUCUGCCUCAGCGUCGUCGGCCUUGGUUCGUACCUCGUCGGUGGUAUCUGAGCCUCGUGAUUCAGCUAAUUCUUGUAGUGUUCAGAAGACUUUCUCGUUCCGAAAUUCUUGCAAGGCAUUUUGGCUCAAGUUUUUCUGCUUCGUUUCUGUUUCUUAUGCAAUUUUCUUGAGGAAUAAAGUCACAAGGCUUCAGGAAGAGCACACCAACCUUCGUAGAUUUUGUAGUUACGGAAACACUAUUGGUAGUAACAGUAUUGAAGUCUUGGAGCUUGAAAAUGGGAGAUCAUUUUUGUACUUAAGCAAGACUGACCCCAGAGCGAUAGCUUUAUACACAGUUCUCGUUACUCUCAUAACACCAUUUCUGUUGUACAAAUACGUUGAUUAUCUUCCGCGAAUAAAAAAUCUUUCCAAGCGGAUGAAGGAUAGCAAAGAGGAGGUUCCAUUGAAGAAAAGAAUUGCCUACAUGGUGGACGUGUGUUUCUCUGUCUAUCCUUAUGCAAAGCUGCUAGCACUUCUCUUUGCCACUCUGUUUCUCAUUGGAUUUGGAGGCUUAGCAUUGUAUGCUGUAAGUGAUGGCAGCUUUACUGAAGCUCUUUGGCUUUCUUGGACCUUUGUGGCAGACUCAGGAAAUCAUGCAGAUAGGGUUGGUACUGGACCGAGGAUUGUUUCAGUUUCUAUAAGUUCAGGAGGCAUGCUUAUAUUUGCCAUGAUGCUGGGACUUGUUUCAGAUGCUAUUUCAGAGAAGGUGGACUCACUGCGCAAGGGCAAGAGUGAGGUCAUUGAAAGUAACCAUAUUCUCAUUCUUGGAUGGAGUGACAAAUUGGGUUCGCUUUUAAAGCAGCUUGCAAUAGCAAACAAGAGCAUUGGUGGUGGUGUUAUUGUUGUACUUGCAGAAAGAGACAAGGAGGAAAUGGAGAUGGAUAUAGCAAAGCUUGAAUUUGACUUGAUGGGAACAUCAGUUAUCUGCAGAAGUGGUAGCCCUCUUAUACUGGCCGACUUAAAAAAGGUCUCUGUCUCGAAGGCACGUGCAAUCAUUGUAUUAGCAUCUGAUGAGAAUGCUGAUCAGAGUGAUGCACGCGCUCUCAGGGUUGUGCUUAGUUUAACUGGAGUAAAAGAGGGCUUGAGGGGGCAUGUUGUUGUAGAAAUGAGUGAUCUUGACAAUGAGCCCUUGGUUAAGCUUGUUGGAGGAGAACUUAUAGAAACUGUUGUUGCACAUGAUGUGAUUGGACGACUCAUGAUACAGUGUGCUCUGCAGCCUGGCCUUGCACAGAUAUGGGAAGACAUUUUGGGGUUUGAAAAUGCAGAGUUUUAUAUCAAAAGAUGGCCGGAACUGGAUGGCCUUCGUUUUGAAGAUGUACUCGUUUCUUUCCCUGAUGCAAUUCCUUGUGGAGUAAAGGUUUUUGCAGAUGGUGGAAAGAUCAAAAUAAAUCCAGAUGAUAAUUAUAUUUUACGAGAAGGUGAUGAGAUUCUUGUCAUAGCUGAGGAUGAUGACACAUAUGCCCCAGGUCCAUUACCAAAGAUUCGGAAGGGUCUAUGUCCUAAAAUAAUUGAUCCUCCAAAAUUUCCAGAAAAGAUUCUAUUUUGUGGUUGGCGACGUGACAUUGACGAUAUGAUUAUGGUAUUAGAGGCGUUUUUGGCUCCAGGAUCGGAAUUGUGGAUGUUCAACGAGGUUCCUGAAAAGGACCGAGAAAAGAAGUUAACAGAUGGUGGCCUUGACAUUCAGGGAUUGGUUAACUUAAAACUGGUCCAUCGUGAAGGGAAUGCAGUCAUUCGACGUCACUUGGAGAGUCUUCCAUUAGAGACAUUUGAUUCUAUUUUAAUUCUUGCAGAUGAAUCUGUGGAAGACUCUAUUGUUCACUCUGAUUCACGAUCUCUCGCCACUCUCCUCCUUAUUAGAGAUAUACAGUCAAAGCGACUUCCUUACAAAGACACUAAGUCCCUUCCUUUAAGGCAUUCCGGAUUCUCCCAAAGUUCAUGGAUUCGAGAAAUGCAGCAAGCUUCAGACAAGUCAAUAAUUAUAAGCGAGAUAUUGGAUUCUAGAACUAGAAAUCUCGUGUCAGUAACAAGGAUUAGUGAUUAUGUACUAUCGAAUGAGCUGGUGAGCAUGGCUCUAGCCAUGGUGGCAGAAGACAAACAAAUCAAUCGUGUACUAGAAGAACUUUUCGCAGAAGAGGGAAAUGAGCUGUGCAUAAAGCCAGCAGAAUUCUAUCUUUAUGACCAGGAAGAACUCUGCUUCUAUGACAUAAUGAUUAGGGGUCGGCAGCGAAAGGAAAUUGUGAUUGGAUAUCGACUAGCAACAGCAGAGCGUGCAGUGAUCAACCCUGUCAGCAAAUCAACACCUCGUAAAUGGUCUAUUGACGAUGUUUUCGUAGUCAUUUCCUCAGGUGAAUGAGAGAGAAGUAACAAGUGAUGCGUCAAUGAUCUUCCAAAUGCUUAUAGGAUGAAUGAAGUCUGGACAUCUGCCCUACAGCACUAUGGAACAUGUGCUCAUGUUGUUCAUGGAGAAAUGCCAAACAUCAUGAUCCCGUGAACAAUGGCAUUCUUCAGUUCAGAUUCAAGAAAACGCAGAAGACAGAGGGAGGGACAAUGUGUUUCUGUUUAAGAAAAAGCCGCUAAUUUAGGCGACAAUUGAAGUUCAAGAAUGGGGUAGCUACACUGACAUGAUGAGUAUUUUAAGUACAUGUUAAGAGACAUCCUCUGACUCGAAGGUAACUCAGGUGUAAGAAGAUUUAUAGGAGGAUGCACUAAUAACUCUUUGUCGAAGAAAAUUACCAGGUGUAGGCUACCUAGGCAUAUAUCCCCAAACUCAUUUUGUAUGUUUCUCCAAAUUUGAAAUAUUAAUAUUGAGGAUUGGAUAUGUGCAAAUAUUGUGCAA